AAGGUACGACCAAGUCAAUUCUAAUACUCACUGCCGAAGACAUUCUCUCGCCAUGAAUAUAUCCUAGUUAAGUAUCUUGAGUAUCUCUAUUAUGGCUCAACCAGACUUUGAUAUCAUUAUCGUUGGAGCAGGCAUCUCCGGCAUCACAGCGGCGUACCGCAUCUCCACGGAGCUCCCUCGAUCCACGUAUACCGUCCUCGAGGCACGCCAGACCCUCGGUGGAACAUGGGAUCUAUUCCGAUACCCCGGCGUGCGGUCAGACUCGGACAUGUACACGUUUGGACUGCCGUGGUACCCGUGGCGCAAGCGAGAGGCGUUCGGGCAGGGCCAAGAGAUAGCAGAGUACCUCCAAGCUGCGGCGAGAGCUGCCGGCAUCGACCGCCACAUCCGGUACGGCAGGCGGGUGGUCUCGGCCGUCUGGUCGUCGGGACAGCAGCUGUGGAAGAUCCGGCUGGAGAGACGCGACGUCGCCGAGCUGGCUGUUUCGCUAAGCGCCAGGUUUGUGGUGUUCGCCACGGGAUACUUUGACUACAGCCGGGCUCUGGAGACGACCAUCCCGGGACUAGACGACUUUCGCGGGACGGUGGUGCAUCCGCAGUUCUGGCCGGCCGAUCUGGACUACACUGGUAAACGCGUGGUGGUGAUUGGCAGCGGCGCCACGGCGGUGACUCUGGUGCCGGCGUUGGCCAGGCGGGCAUCCCGGGUGUUCAUGGUGCAGCGCAGUCCCUCGUAUGUCUUUUCCAAGCCGGCGGUCGACACAUCGGAGAUGGUGUGUCAUGAUCUGCUGCCUGGGUCGCUGGCGUCCCGUGUCCUGAGAUGGCGGAGCAUCGUCUUGCAGGCGGCAGUGUAUCAAUGGUGCCGGGCGUGCCCUGACGCAGCCCGGAAAUGGUUGAAAGACAAGACGGCCAACCAGCUCCCCUCGCAUAUCCCGUACAGCCCGCAUUUCGAGCCGGACUACAACCCAUGGCAGCAGCGGCUGUGUGUCGCCCCAGAUGGCGACUUUUACGCUGCGUUACGGAGCGGCAAAGCGACGGUCGUGACGGAUAACAUUCAAACCAUGACGCCGAGGGAUGUUCUCUUUCAUUCCGGACGGGGCAUUCCGGGCGUGGACAUCAUCGUCACUGCCACCGGGCUAAAGGUGCAGCUGAUUGGGAACACGGUGCUCAUUGUCGACGGCCAGCCGUUGUAUAUCAAGGACAAGUUCUUAUGGAACGGGGUGAUGAUGCAGGAUGUCCCCAACGCGGCCUUUUUGAUGGGAUCGACGCACAGCUCGUGGACUCUCAAGGUCGAUGCAUCCAUGCAACUUUUCUGCCGCGUCUUGAAAGCUACUCUUCGUCGACAUGCAGCGGCGGUCACCCCGCGAAUCCGCGAUGGCCCGAUACAGACCGUGCCGCUGCUGAAUCUCUCCUCGACGUAUCUCCGAGUUUCUGCAGACGAACUUCCGCGUGCCGGAGACCGUGGGCCGUGGCGACCGGAAUCUCACUUUCUGGUGAGCGUCCUGAAGGCAUGGUAUGGAGACUUGAACGAGGGGUUGGAAUGGAGUUUACAUCCUUAUCCUUGAUGUCCUUGGCUAUAUUAAUUCUUACUAGCCUUAUAAUCAUGUCUCCAAAACGAUGAGUAGUCUAUAUCUCCCU